ACUCGCGGUACCAGCGCGGUGGAGGAGGCACUGGCGGCCCAUCGUCCGCGCCGAGCGAUGGCGUCCCCGCUCCUGUGCGUCCUCCUCUACCUACUCCGCCACCUUACGGCCUGCCACGCCGCCAGGGACAUCAUCACGCCGGACCGCCCGCUGGCGGGCAACGAGACGCUGGUCUCGGGCGGCGAGGGCAACUUCGCGCUCGGCUUCUUCACCCCGCCGGGCGCCAACAGCACCUACCUCGGCGUGUGGUACAACAAGGUCUCCCUCCGCACCGUGGUGUGGGUGGCCAACCGCGAGGCCCCGAUCGCGGGCGCCGUCGGGGACAACCCCGGCGCCACGCUCUCCGUCUCCGCCGGCGGCACGCUCGCCAUUGCCGCGGGGAACAGGACCGUCGUGUGGUCCGUGGAGCCGGCGUCCAGGCUGGCGAGCCCGGCCGCCCAGAUCCUGGACAACGGCAACCUGGUGCUCAAGGACGGUGCCGGCGGCGUGGCGUGGGAGGGGUUCGACUACCCGACGGACACGCUGCUCCCGGAGAUGAAGCUGGGGAUCGACUACGUGAAAGGGAAGAACAGGACGCUGACGUCGUGGAAAAGCCCGUCGGACCCCUCCCCGGGCCCCGUGGCCAUGGUGAUGGACACCAGCGGCGACCCGCAGGUGUUCAUCUGGAACGGCGGCGAGAAGGUCUGGCGGUCCGGGCCCUGGGACGGCGUCCAGUUCACCGGCGUGCCGGACACGGCCACCUACUCCGGCUUCACCUUCAGCUUCGUAAACAGCGCGCGGGAGGUGACGUACAGCUUCCAGGUGCACAACGUGUCCAUCAUCUCGCACCUGGGCGUCGUGAGCACGGGGAACUACGGGCUGCUGCAGCGCUCGACGUGGGUGGAGGCGGCGCGGGCGUGGAACCUGUACUGGUACGCCCCCAAGGACCAGUGCGACGCGGUGUCGCCGUGCGGGCCCAACGGCGUGUGCGACACCAACAACAUGCCGGUCUGCUCCUGCCUCCGCGGCUUCACCCCGAGGACCCCCGCCGCGUGGGCGCUGCGGGACGGCCGCGACGGGUGCGUGCGGUCCACGCCGCUGGACUGCCGCAACGGCACCGACGGCUUCGUCACGGUGCGCCACGCCAAGGUGCCCGACACGGAGCGGAGCGCGGUGGACUGGAGCCUGACGCUGGACCAGUGCCGGCAGGCGUGCCUCCGCAACUGCUCCUGCACCGCGUACGCCAGCGCCAACGUCAGCGGCGGCGCCGGCGGUGGGCGCCGCGCCGGCGCCGGCUCGGGCUGCGUCAUGUGGACCACGGGGCUCACCGACCUGCGCGUGUACCCCGACUUCGGCCAGGACCUCUUCGUCCGCCUCGCCGCCGUGGAUCUCGAUGUAGAAGCUAAAUCAAGGGAGGCGCGCAUCAAAAUCGCAGUCGGCGCCAGCGUCUCGGCGCUGGCGCUUCUUCUAGCAGUCGCUGGUCUCCUCAUCUGGUCAUGGAGGAGAAGGCUAACAAGAACAGACGGAUCAAGUAAAUGGAGUAGCUCCCGCCCCACCGGCCGCCGGUACGAGGGAAGCAGCCACGGUGACGACCUGGAGCUGCCAAUAUUUGAUGUGGGGACGAUUGCAGCUGCCACGGAUGGUUACUCGAUCGAAAACAAGCUUGGCGAGGGUGGAUUUGGACCAGUGUACAAGGGUAAGCUCGAGGACGGAAUGGAAAUCGCAGUGAAGACACUCUCGAAGACGUCUGCACAAGGGCUUGACGAGUUCAAGAACGAGGUCUUGUUGAUAGCCAAGCUCCAGCAUCGCAAUCUUGUCCGGCUUCUUGGGUGCAGCGUCAGUGGGCAAGAAAGGAUGCUUGUUUACGAGUACAUGGCAAACAAGAGCCUGGACUAUUUCCUGUUUGAGAAGGACAACGUUGUGCUCGAUUGGCAAGUGCGGUACCGUAUAAUAGAAGGCAUUACUCGAGGUCUACUCUACCUCCACCAGGACUCGAGAUACAGGAUCAUCCACAGAGAUCUGAAGGCAGCUAAUGUCCUUCUGGACAAGGAGAUGACGCCCAAAAUCUCAGACUUUGGCAUGGCGAGGAUAUUUGGCAACGAAGAGACAGAAAUCAAUACCCGAAAAGUGGUCGGCACGUACGGUUAUAUGUCUCCGGAGUAUGCAAUGGAUGGGAUCUUCUCUGUCAAGUCGGACGUAUUCAGCUAUGGAGUAUUGCUGCUGGAAAUCGUCAGCGGUAGGAGGAACAGAGGAGUGUAUUCCUAUUCAAACAACCAAAGCCUUCUAGGCCAUGCAUGGAGCUUGUGGAACGAGGAGAAGAGCAUAGAGCUAGCAGACGAAAGAAUGAAUGGGUCGUUCAACUCGGACGAAGUGCACAAGUGCAUCAGAGUUGGGCUCUUGUGCGUGCAGGAGAACCCAGACGACCGUCCGCUGAUGUCUCAGGUGCUUCUGAUGCUGGCUAGUACCGAUGCCACCUCACUGCCAACUCCUAAGCAGCCUGGCUUCGCCGCUAGGAGAGUUCUGAUGGAAACAGACACGUCGUCAACCAAGCCAGACUGCAGCAUAUUUGACAGUGCAACAAUUACCAUGCUUGAAGGUCGAUAGUAGUAGUUAUGAGUUAUGACUGAAAUGAAACUUAAACUGCUAGGGAAAUGUGUAUUGUAGAGUAAAUUUGGCGGCCUCUUCAGUAUCUUGUGUGCUUAAGCAGCAGAAAAUUAUAUGAAUAUUGAAUAAUAGCAGGCAGCAGCUGGUAGAAACUUUGUUGCUUUUA